GAGCAGUUCUUUCCUUCUUUUCCUUCAUUCCUGGAGGAAAACAGUGGACACGGCAGGAGGGACGCAACAACAGGAGGAUCGUUGUUCUUUACUUUUCUUCUUUUCUCCCUCAGGAGAGCAGUGCCUUGGGCACGGACGAACAGUGAGACGAGAUGGCCACGACGGGUACGGAGGGGCAGCAGGCCACGGGGGUGGCGCGCCUGGUGAGGCUUCGACCUCUUCUUCCUCUUCACAUGAGGAGGGUUGUACGUCCGGGGACUGUGCGACCGAGCGGGAGUGUACUGCAGAGCAAGAUUAUGGCUAUUUUCGACAAACAUCGAGCGGAGCUCUCUACGGAGUGGGCAGCGAUGGGCACAGAGAUGUCAGAAGCCCUGGAGGCUUGGUGCCGGGAUUGUUGUGUGGCAGUUACUGUCGAGGAGAUCCGAGCCGAGGAGAUGGCAGGCGAUGGGAGCCUGACCCCGGUGCAGGUGUUCCACUGGGGAGUGCAGUGUUCCGGGCCGGUAAACGAGGAGCUGCGGAGUGCAUGCUGGAGGCGUAUCAGGGAUGCGACGAGGAGUGUGGAUGAGUACAUGAUGAGUCUUGGUAGCCAUUGCUCGGCGAGCAGGAAUCUCGGAUGGUGUUCCUGUCCGAAGCUGAAGUUAUUCCAGUGGCGAGGGACGGCCAAGGACCUGGGUGUCUUUCAGCUGGCAUACGUGCUGAUGCAGCUUACCAAGCUGGGUAGUCUCUAUGGGGGAGACUGUAGUAUGGUAUCCAACACAGUGGAACGUGCCUUCCUUGUAGACCAGGCUGCGGGGUAGCAGGCAGUGGGUGCGCCUGGCGACGCGAGGUGCUACGGGAGAGAGCUGAUCUCUCUUCUUUCUUUCCCUGGUGGUGCACGAACCACCACAGAACAUCGCGAGAUGACUCCAACACUAGUGCAGUGGGGCCUCACUUCCCCCACCCAGCAGGUGCGAAGAUGCACCGACUACAGACAGAGACAGAACCAUG